AUGACUGAAAUAGGCAGGACUGAUCGAUUUAAUUCAGCCCAUCUAUCUCAUUAUGACUCCUGCAAUGAAAGGACAUACGGCACGGACCCUGACAGUACGCGGGGGCCUGCCUUACAGAGCCCUGGUGGCCGUACAGAUCUGGACCCCACGUCCAAUUGGCUUCUCCUUGGCAGCAAUGAUGGCAAACCCUAUAAAGGAAAAGGAGAGAAGCAGAAAAACACAACAAGGGUAAAAAUUAAGGCUUCUUCUCUAAAUCAGAUUCAUCCAAAGAAAGUUCAUAGAAGUGAGAUUUGCAGAGCCGGGUCCUUUUGUGCAGGCAUCCUGCUCUCUCUGCCCUGUGCCGGGAGCCGCGGAGCGCGGUCGUAUUUACACUGGCCAGCCCCCCGCUGCUCAGACCCCGGCCGGCAGACAGGCCAUCCAUCAUCCGCCCUCCUCCCGCCGAGCGCCGCCGCAGCGGCCAAUCCGGCGGCAGGUGGGGCGCACCUGCGGGACGGCCCGCCGCUCCCCGCCGCUCCCUUCCGUGCGCUGCGCCGGCUGGCGGUGCCCUUGCAGCCCCUGCGUUCUCCAAGGCCAGAACCCGGCAGGGCCCUGUGGAUUGGCUCCUCCCCCACCUUCUCACAGCUCAUGCUCAUUCUUCUGGCGGACUGUUUGUCUGCAUCUUGACAGGUGGUAAGAGCUGUUGUUAAUGCUGUAACAGGAAACACAAGUGAGAGAGAGAUGAUGUGAGGAAACCUGGAGUCCCAGUUGGACAAUGACUGACUCACAUACCAUCCACACCACACCAGGACACCCACCUCCCGUGAAAAGA